GGUCGCAGACGAUCAACGGGAUCUCCCGAAGAAAAAAUUGUGGCCGACUUGCACAUCCAGGGGACGUCCUUUAGCAUUGUUGUUGCGCUUUCGAGAGGAAGAAAAAAAGGAGUCCCCGACCUGCCCACCAGACGAUUAACGGGGUCUCCUUUCGCGUCACUGUUGCAAGUUCCGGAGAAAGAAAAAAGAUAUCCCAGGCAGGUGAUCGGCUCUUCGUUCUCCUCCUUUGACAGCUGUGGGCCAGAAGAUUCAAAAGAAUUAUGUUCCCUUACAAAGCUCUAGAAGAACUGCUGCUAGAGUAGAGGAGAGAGAAAGCUGUGCCCUUUCUUCUUUAACUUUCUCUUUCUAGAGAGAAGGGAAGGGAAGGGAAGGGAUCACAGGAAUUAGGGUUUAAGAAUCUGUGGCAGUGAAGAUCAAGAUGACAUGGAGUAGUAGCUGCGAUGAAGAAGAUGGUGACGAAGAUCACGACCGUCGGUUAGCCAAGAUCUGCCCUUCGUGUGGCCAGAAGAUACAAGUUGAUAAUCUGGGAAGCAGUGGAUUAAUUCAGGAUUUGCCUGGGCUGCCAGCCGGGGUUAAGUUCGAUCCAACGGACCAGGAGCUGCUUGAUCAUUUGGAGGGGAAGGUGAGGCCUGAGUUGCAGAAGCUUCAUCCCCUUAUUGAUGAUUUUAUUCCUACCAUAGAAGGACUCAAUGGGAUUUGCUACACUCACCCUCAUAAACUCCCAG